AGCUGCUACAGUCCUAUACCACUAUUCAUUCAUCCAUCCAUCCAUCUCACUAGCACUAGCACUAGCAGGCAGCUUCUCUCUCUUCCCCAUGCGCCAUGCCAGCCUAGACUAGCUAUACACAGCCACUACUUAUCUCACUCCCACUCCUCGCAAUAUCUUCUUCUUCUUCCUCCUCCUCAAUCUCCCUUUCUUUCCCCCGUUUUCCUCGCCGCUCCCACCCUUUCCAGGUGUGCGCGCGAGCAGCUUCUUCAUGCAUGCACUGCUCAUGGCUCCGCACUCCCACACUAGCUGCCGCCUAACAUCACCCCAGCAGUGAGCACCGCAAAAUUCCUGCUCAAUUUCCCUCACCAGUGGCCGGCGAGUGAGGGGAGGGCCGGAGCCAUGCAGCAGCCGGCCGACAUGCCGCCCUUCUCCCCGCCCGCCGGGGCGCCCUCGCCCAUCAGCAGCCGCCCUCCCGCACCGGCUCCGGCGCCAGCACAGCACCACCAGCAGCAACAGCAACACAUGGACGAGCAGCACGGUGGGGCCGCGGUCAGCGGGUCGGGCUCCGGGAGCGUGGACGGCGGCGAGGAAGGCGAGCGCGGCGGGUCGUCGUCGGCGGCGGGCGGCAACCGGUGGCCGCGGCAGGAGACGCUGGCGCUGCUCAAGAUCCGCUCCGAGAUGGACGCCGCCUUCCGGGAGGCCGCCCUCAAGGGCCCGCUCUGGGAGCAAGUCUCCAGGCGGCUGGCGGAGAUGGGGCACACGAGGAGCGCCAAGAAGUGCCGCGAGAAAUUCGAGAACGUCGACAAGUACUACCGCCGCACCAAGGACGGCCGCACCGGCCGCGGCGACGGCAAGACCUACCGCUUCUUCACCGAGCUCGAGGCGCUCCACGGCGCGCACCACCCGCCGCCUGCUCACGUGCCCGUGGCGCCACCGGCCGCCCCAGCCGCGAGCACAAUUGCCGCCUACUCCGCCGUGCCCUCGGCGCCGCGCGUCCUGCAGGCCGAGCCGUCUCCGCCGCCCCUUCUCCUAACGCAUCAGCCGGUGCCAGCGGAGGCGGCUGCAUGCCGGACGACGACGACGACGCCGAUGGGCGACGCGAGCUUCUCUCAUGACUCGGACGGGGAGGACACGGACGAGACGGCCGACGGCGGGAAGCGCAAGCGGCGGGGCGGGAGCGGGAGCUGGGGCCAUGGCGGCAAGGCCAUGAGGUUCUUCGAGGGGCUGAUGCGGCAGGUCAUGGAGCGGCAGGAGGCCAUGCAGAGCCGCCUCCUCGAGGCCAUCGAACGGCGCGACCAGGACCGCAUGAUCCGCGAGGAGGCCUGGCGCCGCCAGGAGGUGGCGCGCCUCGCGCGCGAGCAGGACGCGCUCGCGCAGGAGCGUGCAGUGGCCGCCUCCCGCGACGCCGCCGUCGUGUCCUUCAUCCAGAGGAUCACCGGGCAGAUCGUCCCCGUGCACGCGCCGCCAUCAUCCUUCCCCGCAAAGCCGGCCGCCACCGUCACCUCGGUCAAACCGCCGCCGUUGCAGCCGACGCCGGUGGCCUCCGCUGCGCCGGCACCUCCCACGCCACGGCCGCCGGUUCAGGCGCAGCCCAACGUGACUACGCCAAUGAGAACACAACCGCAGACGCCGCCGCCGCAGCCACAGCCACACGCAACGCCGACGGCGACAGAGCCACAGCCACAGACGCCGCAGCCGCAGCACCAACAGAGCAAGGAGAUCGUCGUCCACGCCCCGGAGCAGCCGCCGGUGGACAUGGCCGGCGGCGCGUCGCCGUCUCGGUGGCCCAAGGCGGAGGUGCACGCGCUGAUCCAGCUGCGGACGGAGAUGGAGACGCGGUACCAGGACACGGCGCCCAAGGGCCCGCUGUGGGAGGACAUCUCGGUGGGGAUGCGGCGGCUGGGCUACAACCGGAGCUCCAAGCGGUGCAAGGAGAAGUGGGAGAACAUCAACAAGUACUUCAAGAAGGUCAAGGAGAGCAGCCGGAAGCGCCCCGAGGACUCCAAGACCUGCCCCUACUUCCACCAGCUCGACGCGCUCUACCGCACCAAGGCGCUCGCAUCCUCCUCCGGCGUCCAUGCACCGGCGCUGGCACCGUCGCCGUUCCCGGCUCGCGCGGAGGCCGCGCCGGUCACCGUGCUCUCGCCGGUGCCGCUGUCUUCCCAGACGCCGCCACCUGCGGCGCAGCGCGUCGAGCACGGGGCCAAGAACGUGAUCAUCAACGGCAACGGCCAUGGGAACGGUGCGGCCAUGCAAGUGAAGGCCAGCAAUGGCGCUGGUGCUGCGGCGAUGUUCCCCUCCCCCGUCCAUGCCGCCGGCAACGGAGGCAACAACGGCACGGCGACGAACAAAGUGGAAUCCAAGCCUGAAGGCAUUGCGAAGGAGACGGCGCCGGUGCAGCCGGCCGUGGCCAUGAACCACAGCUACGGGCGCAACGACAGGAGGGACGUGUACGACCUGGACAGCGACAGCAUGGACGAGGACGAGGAGGACGACUUCGACGACGACGACGAGGAGGAAGACCAAGACGGCGUCCCCGGCGGCUGCAACAUCAACAUGCCGCCGGCGCAGUACGACGCCCAGUUCCUCCAAAGGCAGCAUCAGCAACAACAACAGCAGAACCACAACCACGGCAACAACCACAACGUCGUCCGGCCCAACGCGGUGAACGGCAGCGGCAACCCGCCGGCGGGCAACGCCACACCUUCAUCUGCCCCGGCGACAAGCGGGACGCCAUUCCUGGCCAUGGUCCAGUGAGGAUCGAGCAAGACGACGACGAAGACAAGCUAGCGCUACAAACCAAGAAAUCCCAGGUGGUACCGAUCGAUCUCGAUCCCGCUCUCAUGUGCCCAUACGGAUCUACAUUUGCACAUGCCCACUUGAUGGAUUGAUACCCCCUGCCGGUGCGUGCUAGCUAGGUAAAAAAACCUAAACCCACACAGACCGAUCGAGUUUUUACUUCUGCUCCUUCCAAUCCAAUCCAAUCCAACAACCCUAAAUUAUUUCCAUUAUUGUUAUUAUUAUUCCUGGUGCACAUAUAUAUAUGGGCGGCGUAUACAUGAUGUACAUGUCACAUAUCUUCACCACAAUGUACGUAGAGGCAUGGUAAAUUAAAAGGCGUGGGAAUUUUUUUUUCUUAUUUUGAGGAUACUUUACCAUUUUUGUCCAAAAAAAUUACUGUCCAGUCUGUGUCAUGUAAGAAUUUUGUGCUCACUCUCCAGAACUUUACACUUGGUAAAUGUGAAACUUGUUUUAUAUA